CCUCCUAAUAUCAACUCCCCCCAAUUCCUCACCCCUUAGGCCCUUACGCACACGCUGCCACAGCUUUCUUGACAGACCAGGUUUUUCAAUUCUCAUUUUAACAGCUAUGGGAAUUGACGGUGACAGUGUUGUGAAGGGUUUCGGCGGCGGAUGGGGCGUCGUCGCUAAACCUUGCGACUCCUGCAAGACUGGCCCUGCUGCUGUCUAUUGUCGACCGGACUCGGCUUUUCUCUGCCUUCCCUGCGACGCCAAAAUUCAUUGCGCCAACAAGCUCGCCUCUCGCCACGAGCGUGUCUGGAUGUGCGAGGUCUGUGAACAAGCUCCUGCUGUGGUCAUGUGCAAGGCUGAUGCUGCCGCUCUCUGUGUCACUUGUGAUGCCGAUAUUCACUCUGCUAACCCAUUAGCCCGUCGCCACGAGCGUGUCCCUGUCGAGCCUUUUUUCGACUCGACGGAAUCAGUUGUUAAAUCCUCCUCUGUUUUCAAUUUUCUGGUUCCUAAUGAAACUACUGCCCCUGUUUGUGAUGGUGCCCAUCACCACGAGGAAGUGGAGGUUUCCUCCUGGCUUUUAUCCAACUCGUUUUUCAACUCUAAGCUCGUCGACGGCCCUGAAAUCAAACCUCCCAGCGGUGAUCAUUUGUUCUUCAACGAAAUGGAUUCUUUUAUUGACUUUGAAUAUCCAAAUCCAGUCAACAACCACAGCGCUAUUAACGACAGCGUCGUCCCUGUUCAGACGAAGCCACUCCUUACGCCGGUUAUUAACCAGACCCACUCCCCUGAAAAUUGCUACGACAUUGAUUUUUGUAGAUCCAAGCUCAAUUCAUUCGGCUAUCAGCCGCAAUCCCUAAGUCACAGUGUUUCUUCUUCCUCCUUAGAAGUUGGAGUCGUUCCAGAAGGGAAUUCGGUGUCGGACAUAUCAUACCCGAUGGGUCAAAACGUGAGUACUGGUGCGGAUUCAGGGCUACCGUUGUCAGGAUCCGGAAACCAAGCGACACAAUUGUGUGGAAUGGAUCGAGAAGCGAGAGUGUUGAGGUACAGAGAGAAAAGGAAGAACCGGAAAUUCGAGAAGACAAUCCGAUACGCUUCAAGAAAAGCUUAUGCUGAAACCCGGCCGAGAAUCAAAGGCCGGUUCGCAAAACGAACCGAUAUGCUAUCAGAGGUUGAUGAAAUCUAUGGCUCAGCUGCUUCAUCUGUGUUCCUGACAGACGCUCAAUACGGCGUUGUACCAACGUUUUGACCAUAACUUGGCUGAAUCCAGUGCUCCAUAGAUUAUAAUUCUUAUUGUGCACUUUUAAUAAACGAUGGGUAAAUUAUGUGAAAUUAUGUGUUUGAUCUUUAAUGUUGUAAAAAAGGCCAAAAAAAGAAGAAAAAAAAGUGUUUGAUGAAAGGGCAGAUUUUUAGCCGUUGAUUUGCAGGAGCAUGGGUGUUCAUGUGGACGCCUCGUACCUCUUAAACGUAGAGGUUCGUUUAAGCUAUCACAACUUGCUUGUUUGUUUGUUUUUUUUCACCCUCGUUUCCUUGCAAUUAUAACCCAUUUGCCCUUCCGAA